AAGGCGGCGGCGGGGCUGUGCUGGAGGAGGUGAGUACCGGCGGGCGGGGAUGCGGGCCGAGGCGGGCCGUGCCCCCGCGGCCGACCCCUGUGGCGCCGUGCCUUGCAGCCUGGUGCAGCGGAGCCCCGGGGAGGAGGAGGCCAACGUGUGGCGGGGCCGGGAGGGCGGGCGGCUGUGGGCCCGGCGGCACAUCGCGGCGGGUGAGGAGCUGCUCUACUGGCCGGAGGAGGAGGAGGAAGAACGGCGGCCCCGCGCAGGGGAUCCCUGUGUCUCCAAGGUGGUAGCUGAUGAAACCACAGUCCUUGAUGUCCCUGCUGAGGAUAGGAGGCCGGUCACCAAGUGUUUCCACGGGCUGCAAGAAGAGGAAAGCACAACUUCCAAACAUGAGCCGUGGCAAGCCAAGGUGCUAAGGACUGAGAAUCAGCACCUUGAGGCCAUCUCAAGCAUUAAGGUCAACGGAAGGUGCAAGCAAGAAUUGGAUGAGGGUGUGGAUCCCAGAUCUGCAGCAGAAAAAGUUGAGAUGGGGCAUAAAGAGGCAUGUCCAGAAGACCUGGAUCUGUUGUCGCCCUCAAAUGGGGUUCAACUCAGUGCUUGCUGGGUUGUCAAGCCGUGCAAGGUGCAUGCUCCGGCCAGCCAGUGCCACAAGUGCCUGCAGAACUGUGGUGGCAGGACAACUGGGCAGGAACCCCAGCAGCCCAGUCCUUCUGAAGGAGAGAGUGUAGAGACUUGUGAGAAAGAGAGCGAAGCUUCCAAAGACUCCAAACCGGCAUCCCCAGAGCAUGGGGAAAAGGGCCCACUGGAGGGACCUGAAGAGCAGGAGAAGGAUACAGAACUGGUGGAGGGUCGUUCCGGCAGGCCAAAAGCUGUGUCCCAGAAGGAGAUGACCAAGCGCAGGUACCGCUGUGGGGAGUGUGGCAAAGCCUUCCUGCAGCUGUGCCACCUCAAGAAGCACCGCUUUGUCCACGCUGGCCACAAGCCCUUCCUGUGCACGGAGUGCGGCAAGACCUAUAGCUCGGAGGAGAGCUUCAAGGCCCACCUGUUGGCCCACCGGGGCGUGCGGCCUUUCCAGUGCACCCAGUGCGACAAGGCUUACUGCACCAAGCGGGACCUGCAGGACCACCAGGUCCUACACACCGGCCAGCGCCCCUUCUCCUGCGAGCAGUGCGGCAAGGCCUUCGCGCGCCGUCCCUCCCUCCGCGUUCACAAGAAGAUCCACCUGGCCACCACCACCACUGGCCCAGCUGGUCCCAAGGGUUGCCCGUGUGCCGUAUGCGGGCGCCAACUGGCCACCCCUGGCUCCUUGCGCAACCACAUGCGCCUGCACACGGGGGAGCGCCCCUACGCCUGCCCUCACUGCCCCAAGGACUUCCGACAGCGGAGCGGCCUGCGCGACCACCUGCGGCUCCACACGGGGGAGAAGCCCCACCGGUGCCGCUUCUGCGGCGAUGCCUUCCCCAAGCUGCCGGAGCUGCGGCGACACCUCAUCUCCCACACGGGGGAAGCCCACCUCUGCACCCUCUGCGGCAAGGAGCUGCGGGACCCCCACACCCUGCGCGCCCACGAGCGCUUGCACACCGGCGAGCGCCCCUUCCGCUGCGAGCGCUGCGGCAGGUCCUACACCCUGGCCACCAAGCUGCGGCGCCACCAGAAGUCCCACCAGGCCGACAAGCCCUACAAGUGUCAGCUCUGUGGCAUGGGCUACGCCUUCCCCCAGAGCCUGGCGCGCCACCUCCUCACCCACAAGGUGGAGAAGGACCCCGAGGAGCUCAGCGCUGCAGUGGCCUCGCUUGCUGUGGACCUAGCCCAGGCGGCAAGGAAAAGGCCUGAGAGGAAGGGCCAUCAGGAGGAGGUUGUGGUAGAGCCCACCUUGCUCGUGGUGGAGGUGCCAGGGCCAGCAGAUGAGGCUGAGCUGCUGAUCACAGCCAGUGCUCCCUGUGUUGCCACUUACCAGCCUGGAGGCAGCCCCCUACAUCCUGGGGCAGACGGGGGACCUGCUGGGCACUUGCCACUGGCAAAGGACAUGGUUGAAAUGGCCGUCUGCGAGCAGGAGGACAAGUGCAUUUUAGUGGAGGAGAGCUCACCAAGCGAUGUGGUCAUCAUCCAGGAGGGGGUGGGCUUCGGAGCAGUGGCAGAAGUGGUGGAGGUGGAGACUGGGACGUGACUGUCCCAGCCUGCCCCUGCUUGAUCUUCUGUAUGUAUUAAAACGGGUUAAAAAAGCA